CACCAAUUCACACUGGUGGCACCCUCCCCGCCAUUGGCCCACGAAACUCAAAAUGUCGGCACGACAGCCCAGAUUCAAUCAGCAAGCCCUCUAUGAUACGACCCCUCUACCCGACCACAUCCCUAAAGUCAAGGAGCUCGGGGCCAGCUCAGCACCCCUCUUGAGUGCCUCCUUCUUUAUUGGUGCACGAUGCAAAGCCUAUAAUGAUGACUACAUGAUGUGCAAGACCGAGGCAAACGGUCGGGGAGAGUUUGAUUGCAUGAAGGAAGGCCGCAAGGUCACGAGAUGCGCUGCGAGCGUUAUUAAGGACCUCAACGAGAACUGUUUGGACGAGUUCCGCAGUCACUGGCAGUGUUUGGAGAAUCAUAACCAACAGCUAUGGAAUUGCCGAGCGCCGGAGCGGAAGCUGAACAAAUGCGUGUUCGAUAAGCUGAAAUUGGAGAAGGUGAUACCAGAUACGCCAAAGGGCGAGGAACCAGUGCAUAUCAGAAAACGCAACAUUUACGCAUCGCACUGAGAAUUGUACAUUAUUACGGAAGAGAUCAGACUAUGCAGAUCGGAACCCAGUGCGUCUGAUCUCAAUUGUGACUUGAAUGGAAGCUGAAGUCUUGUUUGGAGCAAUAUGUUUUUAC